AUCCAUUAUAGUCAAAGCAAUAGUCAAAAACUCCAUUAAUCCUGCUAAAGGCCGACACCUUCAAAAUCCAAGAUUUAUCAUCAUUAAUCAUCAUUUUAAUUCCUCACUCCCACUGUUAAUUUUUUAAAAUUAAAACAAACUAACCCCAAAUACAAUACUCCAUUUAAGUAAUUAACCAUACUUGUUUGUUGGUACCAAUUAACACAUUUGACCACAAAAAUUAAUUAUUUCAACCCCACAAACAAAUUUCCUAAUUACUUCAUCUUUUCUCCUCUCUUCAAUAAAUCACCCAUGUGAGUUGGUUAUACACCUCACUUCAUCGUUAAUGGCGGAACCCAGAAGAACUCCAGCUGUUCGUGAUGUUAGUCCUGACUCAGUCAUUCUUACAUUCGAGUCAAACUUCAGUAGUCUCUUCUCCUCUGCUUCUGCUAGUGUUGAUCGUUGUUCCUUUGCUUCGGAUGCUCAAGAUCAUGAUUGUCUUUCGUCCGACUUUUCCCAGGAUUUGAGUGGAAAUGGAGGCUCAGAUCUAAGUAACAAUGGGAGAUACCUCAGCAAAAAAGUUCAAAAGGCUAAAGUUUACAAAGAAGAAAAUAACAAAGUAGCACACCAUCAUGUUGAUCAUGUAACAGAACCCCUAGAUUCUGCGAGAAAUUCGUUUUCAUUAGCUCUUAAAGAGUGUCAGGAAAGGAGAUCUAGAUCUGAGGCUGUUAAUAAGAAAUCAGACCGGCGAAGACCGGCUUCAUUGGAUCUUAAUCACUCAUUGAGUGUGAAUGUGGUGAGUUCAUCAUCGCCUAAAAUUGGUGGGGUGAUGAAGAAGGGUGUGGUUACGCCUCGAAAAUCCGGGAAUUUUCCGAGCCCAGGGACACCCAAUUAUCGCCAUGGGAGUGUUGGAAUGGCGAAAGGAUGGAGUUCGGAGAGGGUUCCUUUGCCUUGUAAUGGUAAUAAUAGAAGGCAAAUUGGUGCUGCAUUGUUGCCAUUGAGUAAUAAUGGGAGGGGGUUGCCUUCAAAAUGGGAGGAUGCAGAGAGGUGGAUUUUUAGUCCGGUGUCUGGGGACGGAGUUGGGAGGACUUCUUCAUCAUCGUCGUAUCAGCAACCUAAAAGGCGGCCUAAGUCGAAGAGUGGUCCGCUUGGGCCACCUGGUGUUUCGUAUUAUUCACUGUAUUCACCUGCUGUUCCUAUGUACUAUGAGGGAAACCAUAUGGGAAGUCAUACAACAGGAUCGCCUUUCUCAUCAGGAACAAUGCUGGGAGAUGGUUGGUCUUUUCGUGCAAGUGGUGAAACUAGAGAUUUUUCGAAUACUUUGGAGCCCUGUAUUGCCCGUUCUGCUAGCGUACACGGGUGCACUGAUCUCGUCUGUCAAGGAUCUUUGACCAGCUCUCAAGAUGAAAGAGUUGACGGUGUGAAGGAUGCUGCCAGCACUGUGUCUCGUGCUGUUUCUAGAAGGGACAUGGCAACCCAGAUGAGCCCUGAAGGUAGCUGCCAUUCCUCUCCUAGAAGGUCUUCUUUCUCUCCAUCUAUCCCUUCCAUCCUACCAAUUAUGGAGGUCCAGAGCUCUAGUACUUCAAAACCAGAAUUGAGGGAUGUGCAGAUUGAUGAGCGAGUCACAGUGACACGAUGGUCCAAGAAAUAUAGGGGGCGCAAUACUAGUAAAGAAUCUGAAGUUGUGGAUGAGUGGAAAUUGAAAGAAGUAGAGCCACGUUCUUCUGCUUGGGAAGUGUCAGAGACGGUGAAGAGCCUUUCGAAGGCCAGGAGAGAUGAAGCUAAAAUCUCAGCAUGGGAAAAUCUGCAGAAGGCCAAAGCUGAGGCAGCCAUACGAAAACUUGAGAUGAAGCUGGAAAAGAAGAGGUCAUCAUCAAUGGAUAAGAUUAUGAAGAAGUUGAAAUCUGCUCAGAAAAAAGCUCAGAACAUGAGGAGCACAAUACUAGCCAAUCAGACGCUUCAGGUGUCUAAAAUGAGCAAUAAUGCAGUGUCUUUCCGGACUCGUCAGAUGGGUUCCCUCAGUGGUUGUUUUACAUGCCAUGCGUUCUAAACUAAAGGCUCACAGCAGGACUCUUUCAGCUGGAACAUUAUACAACUGGUACAUAGCACGCUGCAUGCUUCAUAUACAAUGCUACAGCUGGUCAGCCGGACAGCCGGUGCCCAUUUAGCUGAGUACUUGAAACACUUGUUCGACCUCUUUGAAAUUUUGUUUCGUUCACUCAGCUCUAGGGGGUAGUGGGGGGAUGUCUAGCAGGGAUCCAGAUUAUAUUGUAGAGUAUUUAAAUUGUUAAGAUGUGGAUUUGACGAAUAAUGUAUGGCUAUUUUUUUGUUCACUUAUUUCAUUUUCCCCUUCUUGUUGGAUGUAUCAUGUAUGUAAAUCAAGUUUUUAAUUUGUUAAGAGUAACAAUUCUCUAGA